AUGUGGUUCAAGUCAAAAAAGCUAAACACACCUGCAUCAUCACAAGGCAGUAACAGCGACAAGAAUGAAAAGGCCGUAGUUCACCACAACAUUGAAGAUGAAGAACAUGUAACAACGUCUUCAGGUUCUGGUACAAGCUAUAUCCCACCAUCCAAGCAAGAACUGAGGCGGCUCAUGUGGAAGAUUGAUUUACGUAUCGUGCCAUUCGUCGGUCUCCUUUAUCUUUGUUCUUUUCUUGAUCGGGUCAAUAUUGGCAAUGCCAAAGUGGGUGGUCUAACAGAAGAUAUCAGCAUCACCGAAAGCGAGUAUAACUGGGCCCUCUCUAUUUUCUUUAUUGGCUAUUGUGUGUUUGAAGUACCAAGCAAUCUAAUGCUCAAAGUGAUGGGCCCACGUAUCUGGAUCACGUUGAUCAUGGUGAUUUGGGGCGUCAUUAUGGCAGCCAUGGCCGCCUGCGUUAAUGGUCGCCAGCUGAUGGUCGCUCGCUUUUUCCUUGGCGUAGCUGAGAGUGGGCUAUAUCCAGGUGUUAUAUUUUAUCUAUCCAUGUGGUACACCAAACGACAGCUGGCGCUGCGUAUUGCCGUCUUUUAUAGUAGCUCCACGCUCGCAGGUGCGUUUGGUGGUGUGCUGGCCUAUGGUAUUAUGCAUAUGGAUGGUGUACGAGGAUUGCAUGGAUGGCAAUGGUUGUUUAUUCUUGAAGCGCUUCCUACUAUUGUUCUUGGCCUGCUUUGCUACUUUGUGUUGCCCGAUUACCCAAAAAAGACAUCAUUUUUGAAUGAGCGUGAGCGCGAAAUUAUUGUACAACGAUUGCUCGAAGAUGUUGGUCCCGCUACUGAGACUCACUUUUCAUGGCGCCAAGUAUGGAGCGCCCUGCUGGAUUGGAAAAUGUACAUGUACUCUGCCUCCUAUAUCCUUGGUGCAUCCGUUGUCUAUGCGCUAGCCAUGUUCAUGCCAAGUUUGGUACGUGGUAUGGGCUUUACCGAUAUCAAUGCUCAAGCCAUGUCAGCACCACCUUACGUGUUUGCAUUCUUCCUUACGGUGUUUAAUGGCUAUAGCACUGAUCGUCUCGGGGAAAGAGGAUACCACCUUGCUGCUGCAGGCUAUAUCUCGUGCAUUGGUUUUAUUUUGCUUCUCACACUUCAAGGCCAUGGUGUGGUAGCUCUUUAUAUUUCGGCAUGCUUGGCAACAGCAGCAGCAUUUGCAACUAGUCCUCCCAUGGCUAGUUGGUUCAGUAAUAAUUAUGCAGGAGACACGAAAAAAAGUGUAGCCAUUGCAGCCGUGUUGUCCAUUGGCAAUCUGGGUGGCUUGAUAAGUGGCCAGGUGUAUCGUGCUGAUGAUGCACCACAGUAUUUGAGAGGACACAGGACGUGUCUUGGGCUCAUGCUUGGUGGUGCCACCAUUGCUCUUAUACUCAAGUACUGCCUCUAUCGCAUCAACAAGAAGCGAGACAAUCUCACUGAAGAAGAGUAUCAAAAGGCGUGCGAGGGCGAAGAUUUAUGUGAUAAUCAUCCCGACUUUAGGUAUAUCCUUUGA